AUGGCAUCGAGAUUCCGUAUCCGCAUCGUCCUCGACUGGGACGGCACCCUCACCACACGCGACACCCUCCACGUCGUCGCGGCCAUCGGCUACAGAACUAACAAGCACCGGGUCCCACCACCCCCGUCGUGGGACCAGAUCGUCCAGGCCUACAUGGCGGACUACACGUGCCAUCAGGACGCGUACCGUCCCUCCAGGCAGGACCGGCGCACGAUACCCCUCGAGAGUGCCUGGCUGGCUAGUCUGAGGGGGGUCGAGGUGCGGAGUGUCCGGAGGGUGGUGGACGCGGGGAUCUUUGCCGAUGUCACGGAAGGGGAUAUUUCGAUGGAGGCGGAGGGGGCGGUUCGGAAUGGCGAGGUACGGCUCAGGGAGGGGUGGUGGGACGUUCUUACUGCUGCAAGUCCAGGUGCAGGGGCAUGUCACAGUCACAGUCACAGUCAUGUUGAGUGUGACGCGAGUGUGCCUGUGCCGGCGGCGGCAGGUUCUCCACCCAUCGCCAUCAUCAGUGUCAAUUGGAGCGCCGCGUUUAUAAGAGCGUGUCUAACAGCCGCGGCUACCACAGCACCCACAGAGGCAGGAGACCUCAAGCACGAACACUCAUCACAGAUCCAAGCCACGGUAGUAAAGUCGCUCCCCAUCCUCGCCAAUAACCUCCUCCCCUGCUCACCCCGGGACAAUGACUACUCAACGACAGUGGCACCUGCUGGUGGUGCCGGAAUCCACACCAGCGCUGACAAACUCGCCGCACUGCAGCAUCUCCAACGCCUACACCGGACCAGAGACCGCGAAGACCAGGGGGAAAGCGAAAGCCAAGGCGACAUAGUCAUCUACGUCGGCGACUCGCCCACCGACUUCGACUGCCUCGUCUCCGCCGACGUGGGCGUCUGUGUCCGCGACGAGCCCUUGGGUAGUGGCCAGCGCGAACUGCAAGAGACGCUGGAGAGAGUUGGCGUCGAGGUGCGGAGGCUCGAUUUGGGCGAGUGGGUCAGGUACCGUCGCGAGUCGAGUCGACAAGAGAGAGGCGAGGCAGGAGGAGGAUGCGGCGGCGGCGAGGCUCGCGUGGGAGGAGACAAUAAGAAAGUGGUCGUUUGGUGGGUGGCAGAUCUGAGGGAGGUGGCGCGCUUCGUUGACGCGUAUGGCAGAUACGAUCGAGAUGUGACUUAG